GUCAAUAGACGUGAGGAAUUGAAUAAUCGUUAUGAAGAAUUGAAACAAAAAAGAUUGGAUGAGUUUAUGCUUGGAUUCAGAACAAUAUCUCAGGCACUUAAAGAGAUGUACCAAAUGAUCACUUUAGGUGGGAAUGCAGAAUUAGAAUUAAUUGAUUCCAUCAAUCCAUUUUCUGAAGGCAUUGAAUUUUCUGUAAUGCCUCCUAAAAAAUCAUGGAGAAAAAUAUCUAAUUUAUCGGGAGGUGAAAAGACGUUAAGUUCAUUGGCUUUGGUUUUUGCUUUGCACAGAUAUAAACCUACCCCAUUAUAUGUCAUGGAUGAAAUUGAUGCUGCAUUAGAUUUUAGAAAUGUGUCAAUUGUAGCAAACUACAUCAAGGAAAGAACCAAGAAUGCACAGUUUGUCGUGAUAUCAUUAAGAAACAACAUGUUUGAGCUUUCACAACUGCUUGUUGGUAUUUAUAAAGUAAAUAACAUGACGAGAAGUAUCACAUUAAAAAAUAAA